UUAUCGCAGGGCUUAUCUGGCUUCCUUGUUGACUUGAUUGAGACAACUGACGCCUCCCUCCACACAAGAGCGCAAUACGCAAGCUGAAAAGGGGAUACACUUCUCAGAACAAUCCUCAAAGGAUGAGUGCUGCACAGGGUCAAAGCGUAGUCUACGUCUCCAAUGAAGUUACCUUGUCUGCCGCCGAGCUAGGUGCCCGGACCGGCCAAGUAGUUGGGACGAUCUCGAGUGAAGUCACCAUAACAGGUGAAACAACAACACCCAGAAGAAACAGCGAGGACUACAGCUAUGAAAUCCCCUUGAAAAAGAAAAUUUGUAUCUGGGUGACUUCUCUCGUAUUUGGAUCUUUUCCGGUUGCUAUGAUCGUUUUUGGUAUCCUUGACUACAACCAGUGUCCGAACAACACCAAUCUUGGCAUCUACAUGGUAACCCAGGGCGCCACCUCUGUCGCCAUCCCUAUCUUGUGUUCCCUGUGGUACUACUGUCAGUGUGUGCCAAAGAGCCUCCUGCUGGCCUGCUGUAGUUUAAUUGGUUUGUUCAACAUUGGAUGGGGAAUUCAAGGUUCUCUGUGGAUUUUCCAAUCCACCUGCACGAACACCAACUUAUACACCCAUGCUUUUGACUUCACUAUUCCCAUGUGGAUCCUCUUCGCCAUCCUGGUUGUCAUUGGGUGGUGUAAUCGCGACGAUGACAAAGUUGAAGUCGUAGUCACAGUGAGGGGAGUGUGAACAUCUUUGCUGUCAGAAAUACGAUGUUUCUCCUCAUUAUCAGAACAGAACAGAACAGGACUUUAUUUUUCACAGGGCGAGUGCAUUGGCAUAUGACGUACAAGCAGUACUUUACUUUGAGGAGGACAGAGGUUACCCCGGAAGGUUUUACAAUUAUCUAUAAUAUGACUAUUGAUUCAUCAGUAGAAAGUAUCUUUAAAUAUUAUGACACAAAUAACCAGUGUUUGCAAAUAAAAGUGUGAUCUAUGUUUCCAUAUAUUUGUUUGAAGACUAUAAAUUAAGAAGUAUAAAUUAAAUACACACAAGAUA